AUGUUGAAACAUGCCUACCUCUCCAUCCCGCUUCCCGCCGAUCUCCAGCAACCAAUCGCCGACCAGAACUUCAGAUCAACCACCAUGAUGCAGCCUGCACAGCAUGCCCACGUCAUCCAUAUUCUCAGCCAAGUCCUUGACAACAAAGAUGGCUCCUCCAGCAGACCUCCACGAGGAUCAUAUCCUUCAAGCGGUGGUGUUGGCUCUAAACCCUCACCAGACACUCCUCCAACAUGGACCAAAGUCCUAAUUUUUGGGGAUAACUAUUAUUUAUUUUUUUUAAUUUUCACAUAUAAUUUGCUUCCAUUGGGUGUUUGGCUGGCUACCACCACUCUUCCUGCUCCAUUAUCCUUGGAUUUCUCCAGUGCUCACUCAGAUAAGUGGGGGUUCACGACACGCCGUGGGGACUGUGGGAUGAAGGUAUGUGUAGUUGCGUCUGAAGACUGCCACUCAAUGGGCGAUGCCAUGAGGGACUUGUAUGCAAAAUCGCUCUUGAAGGAUGACUUCUUUCUAGUCCACGGAGAUGUGGUUGCAACCAUUGAUCUGAAAUCUCUGAUGAUGAAGCACAGAGAGCGUCGUAUGGCAGACAAGAGUAUAAUUAUGACGUGCGUUUACCUGAACUGCAACCAAGGGAAUCUGGGAGAUGAGGAAGCGCAAGCUACGCUCAUCACUGAUGCUGUCACAGGGAAGUUGCUGAGUCACCAACGUCCCAGCAAAAACAACACCGCCAAGUUCUUGCUACCAACUGAGCUGUUCCAGAACAGCAGCGACCUGAAAGUGGUGCCUGAAGCUCAUGACCCAAGUAUUGCUGUGUGCUCAGAGGCCGUCCCUUCUCUCUUCUCCGAUAAUUUUGACUACGGAAGUCGAGACAGUCUAAUUCGUGGAGUCAUUGAGCAAGAAGAACUUCUUGGGUAUACCAUCUGCUGCGAGAUUCUCGACUCAGGAUAUGCUACAAGGGUUUCAUCGUUUAAUUUUUAUGAAAAAGUAAGCGGUGAAGUAAUUCGGAGGAUGUCUUAUCCAAUGGUAUCAGAGGUGAGCCUGACCAGCCAUCGCAUCCGUUAUAUGUAUGACACCUUCACCAAUAAUUACUGGGAACCUUCAGCCAAGUUUCACAAAGGCAGUGGUGGCACCAAUGUAGUCGUGGGCGCAGGAUCAGAAAUAAGCAUGACGGCCGAGCUGCAGUGGUCGGUGAUUGGGGAUCACUGCAUUAUUGAAGAUAACGUUAAAGCGAACACAGCUUUCAUCAUGAAUAAUGUCGUCAUCAAGGCUGGUUGUGUCCUGGACCAUUGUUUCCUAGGUGACAAUGUUACACUGGAGGAGAACGUGAGGUUGGCGCCAGGUUGCAUAGUGGGACCCGGUGUGAUCCUAGGUCCAGACAUAACAGUGGCAGCAGCAACUCGCUUGGUGGCCAUACCUCCUGAAGACGAAUUUGACCAACAUCAUGUUAGUCUAGAACCAGAUCCAGUGAUUUGUGGAGCCAAAGGUCGUGCCUUUGUGAUAGAACCAGAGGAGGUGGAAGAGGAUGAAGAAGAAGCACUAAAUGGGGAACUUGUAGAUGAAGAUGAAGAAGAUGAGGUCAGUGAUGAAGCAUCAGAUUCACCUCACAUGAGUGACGAGGAUGAGCAACGUGAGCAUGAGUUCAAGCGUGAAAUGAUGGAGAGUCUUACAAGCUUGCGCGAGUCAUCAGCAUCGGAGAAUGUGGUUUUAGAAAUUAAUGCCUCACGUCAUGCUUAUAACAUGAGCAUGGAAGAUGUCCUCACCACUGUGACUCAGGGCAUCAUCCGUGCAGGUGAGGACAAGAUUUCAGAAGAUUGUAGUGUGGAAAGUUUAUGGCGAACCGUUAAGAUUUCAAUAACAGCUUUUAAGGAUGUUCUUAGAAAUUACAUACGGAAAGCUAGAGACCAAGUUCUUGUUAUGAAUGCCAUAGAGUUGCUGAUGACAGAGUCACCCAGGUACCUACCAGUGGCACAAAAAAUAUUCUUCGAACUCAACCAAAGUUUUGAAAUUCUGGAUGACGAGGUUGUGAUCCAUUGGUUCAAGAAAGGCGGUGCUGCCACCUCUGCUUUUCCUUCACUUAAAAAUGCUAUUGAAAGAUUUGUAGUGUGGUUGGAGCAGGAAGAAGAGAGUGAUGAUAGUGAAGAGCAAGAUGAUUAGUACAUGAACCUUCUCAAGACUGUUAUGCUUCCUUUUCGUGCCAAGUAAAGGGCUCUUGAUUCAACAAAUUAGAGCUACCCUCCCUUAUGACUCACGAAAUUGUAGUAACACUAUUGUAAACAAACAAAGGAACAGGUGGGGGAUUCGAACCCACAGUGAGUGAGUCAUAAAACUCAGCUGAGUGGUUUACACACUGGGCUGGAGUUUCGAGACUCGCCAGAGGUUCAAACCCCACCCGCUCCAUGGUUUACCCUACCUUAGCGUAGAUAAAAUCUAACUGCUCUCCAUUCUCCAAGGUGCUGGUAUGACCUUUAUAGGUUUAGUGCUUCCACAUGAAUAAUAAAAUACUUGCUUUUGACUGUAUCAAAAAUACAUUAGAAAGAUUGAAUUAGCAGUUUCAUAUUUAUGUAUACCAAGAGGUAAAAAAUGAGAAUAUGUUUCUAGGAAAGAAGUGAGCAUAGCAAUUAUUACCACUAAAUUAUAUUUAAGAAAAUGUAAAGUAAUAAUUAUAAACACAUGAAGGUCAUAAAACCCCUGAGGAACAGAAGGUAAAUAAAUCAGAUCCAAAGAAGGGAAAGGUAACUUUUAAGACUUUGAAUUAAGAGGUCUUUAUUGGCAUCAAGAUCUCCAUACCCUUUGAAGAAGACUGUUAUAUACUCCUAAAAAUAAAACUAUUACAAAUAUUCAA